UAUUCACUUGCACGGCAUGAGAAGGCGAGUGAUUAUCUAAACAUUUAUUUCCAGUAAAAAUGAACUUGAGCAAUAGAAUUUUGAAUAAAAAGCUAACGGAGUGUGCUUAUAAAUGCUUGGUCACAUUUUCAACGAAGCCGAUUCAGCAAGCUCCUGCAGCCGCAGCCGCGGCCACCACCUCGCCCGGCGGUUCCCAAACCCAACAGGAUGCAGCUGUAAGCAACAAUACUAGUCCUGCUCGAAAGCCUCUUGUGCCGCCACAUUAUCGCUUCGUCUAUCCAGAGUUCCUGCCUGAUCCAAAAAUUGAAUGGCGCAACAAUAUUCGCGAGAAAUUGGAGCGGCUGGACAUGUUAGACCGCCGACGACAGAUUGAUUUGCCCGAAUUUUAUGUGGGUUCUAUCUUGGCCGUGACCAGCUCGGAUCCUCAUGCAGCUGGCAAAGUGAGCCGCUUUGUGGGUAUUUGCAUACAUCGCGAGAAAUGUGGACUCCGAGCCCGAUUUAUUCUGCGUAACGUGAUCGACCAUCAGGGUGUAGAGGUGGUCUACGAAUUGUACGAUCCUACGAUACAAAAGGUGGAAGUCUUGCGCCUGGAGAAACGUCUCGACGAUAGUCUUUUCUAUUUGCGUGACGCCCUUCCCGAAUAUAGCACGUUCGAUGAAAACAUGGAUGCCGAACAUCUAGAGGAGGGGACGCCGGUUCCAGUAAAUGAUAUAAAAGUGGUAUUACGACCACGUCCCUGGUUGGAACGCUGGGAGCGGCAGAAUUUGCUCGGUGUGGCCAAUAUAGAUCAAUACAUUAAGGAGAAGCACCGCAAAUCGGCAUUGAAGGUGCAAAAACCUUGGGAGAAGUUCGAUUUAAUGAAACAAUAUCGCUCGACCAUACCAGAAGAGGAGCAGAAGGAAAUCUUUGCGGAGGUGCACACUGAGCUGCAUACUUUGGAACUGCAACGCAAGCGUAACAAGCGCAAGCGCACCUUUAUAAAACCGAAACAGUUGGCGUAGAAACUGCAUUUGUUAUCCCACUAGUAAUAAAAUAAAAAGUGUUGACUUUCUCAUA